GUAUCGCGCGCCUCGUUCGUGUUGCACGCGCGUGCCCUUGCGCGCGCCCCAUCCAUGCUGCCAGCCCCCUGCGCGUGCGCCCCCUCGCGUGCCUCUCCUAGUCCUGCUCCGCGUAGGACUCCCGCGCCUAUGCCACACUCGCGCCCUACCGCGCGCCCCUCGUCGUUGCUGCCAUCCUCCCGCGCGUACGUGCCGUCGCCCGGUACUCCCCCGCCUACGCGGUCGCGGUCCGCACCUGCCAUCGCGUCGCUCGUCUCGCCUAAGCCUACACGGCUUAGGCCUUCGCCCGCGUACGUCCACUCGCUACUGCCCGCGAGCCCCGCACCUUCGCCGGCUUCCCCGCACGCGUCCCAGCCAACCGCGUGCCCAGCGUGCGUCGCGUCCUCGCCGCUCGACGCCCGCGCGUUACUGCCAUAUGCCAAUACGUCCCAGUCGACGUCCGCUACUGUAGUCGCACAGUUCCGCGACUACCACGCUGAAAAGUUCUCAGGGCAGGGAGAUCCCCGCAUCUUAGAUGAAUGGAUUCAAGGCCUGGAGUUUAUCUUUGAGGUCAUGGACUGCCCCGAUAGAUAUCGCAUAGUUUGUGCUCAGCUUCAGCUCACUGGUGAUGCUAGGCUCUGGUGGAAUGCCUACUGGAGCAUGCGUCCCGGUGAAAAAGCGGGUUGUACGUGGGACAUGCUCAAGGAGCUAGUCCGCGAAAAGUACUACCCCUCCUACUAUCGAGCAGAGAUGGAGCGUCAGUUCUUAGUGCUCCAGCAAGGCACUCGUACGGUUGAUGAGUACGAGCGAGAGUUCACUAGACUUGCAGCUUUC